AUGCGUAAACCAUCACUGGCCCACAUCGUGUAUAACGCCACGUUCCCACGACCUCGCACAAAUGAUCCGGGUUCUUUUGCCGCUCACAUCACUCGAAACCUCGUCCCAGAAGUACGUGUCGAGACAUCCCUUUUCUACGGUUCGCUAGACUGCAUCGAGGCACAAUACCCCGGCCUGGACUACUCAUACGGGCCACAUCGGAUGCGACUUAGUCGGUUCCCGUGGCACCGGAGACUGUUCCGGACUUUCAACGAACUCGGUUUGACAGAAGACGAGAUCUCUGAUCUUUGUCGAUGGGAAGGGACCAAGUCCGCGCGACAGCGGUACGAGGCGGAAGAAAGAGUCAGCGUGCAGGACACCACGGCCCAGUCAAUCCGAGCGGCAUCUCCCCUACCUGGACCCUCAAUUGAGAUCCAUUACGAUGACUUCUGCGGGCCAGAAGAAGAGAUUAUCGAGACCCGGAGCAAUGACACUAUCCGCGCAAGUCGCUCCCGAGCAUCCAGUUACCAAGCCGCGAUGGCAGAACCCGAGUCAGAGGAUGAGUUCAGCGACGAGGAAAUGGAGAGCUGUGGCGUGGCCCUAAACCACCGGAUCCAUGCCGCGAUGGCUGCUCGUGAUCGCGGAACCGAUGUGCCGCUAGACGAGGACUGGGAACAAUGGCUGAAAGAAGCCGGGGAACGAGGCACCUACGGGGAGGUGUUUCAUGCGAUUCGCUCGAACCAGCCCUUGAGCUUGCCUUAUGAAGAUACUCUUCCUCACCGUCGCGCACUCGCCCCAACCGCGGCCACCCUCCCUGACGCAUACAUGAUAUCCGUGCCUGAUAGCAUCCUCCCCAGCCCAGCUUUACCAGCCACUUCCAAUGCCUCCGGUGCGGCUCGGUGA